AUGAUGCACCUCUCAACCGUGCUGCUGCUCGCACCAAUUUGCAGCAAAGCAUUCGUACCGGCAAGACGGAUAAAAACGACACCGAGACUGGCAGCCGUGGCACCGGCAGCAGCCGUCGUCAAGAGCGCCGCCGGCGCCGGGUUCGCGUGCGCGGCGGUGGGCUUCGUCUCGGCCCACGCGGCCGUGAGUUACGGCUACGGUUUGGCCAUCGCGUGGCACGCGCGGGCGGCGCUCCGGAGCGCGACGACGCCGGUCGCCGUCCGCGUCCUGCUCGCCUACGGCCUCAAGGUGACGGCCUACCAGGCCCUGCGCGACCGCGAGAAGCACUACCGCGACGCCGUGUUGCCGCUGUUCCGGGCCCUGGAGAAGGACACGAAGUGCCCCUUCACGCGGACGACGCACAAGAUCCCGCUCGUCGCCGGCGUCGCUGUCCUGCUGGCGCUCUACGCCGCGCCGAUCCGGUUUCUGGCGAACGCGCCGCGGCCCCGCGUUACUGUAUUUGCUGGUGCGGCGGCGGCGGUCGCGCUGGCCGUCCAGACCGUCGCCGACGCGCAGAAGUUCCUGGCGAAGCGGCGCGCGCCGGACCGGCCGUGCACGACGGGCCUCUGGCGCGUGUCGCGCCACGUGAACUACGCGGCCGACGUCGUCCUCCACGGCGCCGUGGCAGCCGCGGCGGCGCUGAGCGCGCCGUCCGCCGCCGCUGCGCUGCUGGCGGUCCUAGCGCCACUCAUGAUGGUGAAUAUCGUCCUCUCGGCGACGGAGUCCCUGGACGGCCGCCAGCGCCUCGCCUACCGCGACGACGCGUUCGAGGCGUAUGUGGCGGCGACGCCGCGACUCUUCUUCACAUAA